UGCCCUCGUCCGACCGCGAUACUCGCCCAGUCCGACUACGCGCACAGUCGACAGUACGCCGUGCCGGCGUUCCCAUCAGUCCCGCGAAACUACGCGAACGCUCCGUCCCGUUCUCGUGUCGUCGUCUUAUUUGUCGUCUAAAUUUACGCGGAAUUUUCCCGUACACGGUCGUGCCGUUUUCGUACGGUACAAUAUUAUUAUUCUAAAUUUAAAACCACACGCCGCCCCGUCCGCGGUUUAUCGCGAUAAUUCCGCCGCGUGUGUAACAAACAUAACAAUACCGUAGAAAUAUAUAAUUUUUUUUUUUUUUUUUAUUUCACUCGCCCGGCGCCAGUGACUGUCCCGUGUGUCGUGUGCCCGAGUGUUUUACGAGUGCGCGCGUGCAAGUACUUACCCAGUUCGCAAAAACUCGCACGUCGAAACCGGACCGCGAUGGUGGUGACUCUGUAAACACCGGCAACAGUUGUAUAGUGGUGGCUUAUAACGUCCGUUUGAAUUUGAAGAUAAUCGAUCGUUACCCGAAUCUCAUCGCCCGCGUUUUAUAUGGAGUUGGCCGAUUUCGACAAGUUUUGCGGUUCGCCUUUUUGGGUAAGUCGGUUGGUCGAUUUUUGCAGCUCGCAUUGUUCACGAGUUCGAAAACAACAAAAAUCACGGUGAACGUUCUCUGGUAACCGAAUUUACUAUCUACAGAUAAUAGAUAAUUGAUUAUUUUCAAACUUCGAGAGACCGUUUUUUUGCAGGAGGUUUAGCUCCCCGAAUUUGUUGUACCUACUUAUGCGCAGAAUUUUUUCAUUUACACCUUAACUUGACUGCGCAGAGUGUCGAUUUCGAUCGUUUUUUUCCCCCCCGGUGCUCAAACACCCGAAUUCAACCUUGAUUUUAUUAGGAAAACACGUUGGAUUGUCUUAAUGAUACCCACUUAAUCGGUGUACUUGUGUACGGAACCCGUCAAUGCCACUAUUACAGAUAUUCGUUUUAUUGAAUUAUUGACUAUCGUACUAGGUACCUCGAUACCUAAUUUAUAUUGGGUUCCGAUUCACAGUAAUAUAAUUUUUUUUUUUUUUUUUUUAGGACUGGAGUUUAUCUUGGAACACCACAGAUCCCGAUAUAACGUUAUGUUUUGAAAAAACUGCUUUAAUCUGGACACCAUGCCUGUUCUUAUGGUUUUUCUCUCCAUUAGAAGUCUAUUAUUUGGUGCAUAGUAAAUACAGAGACAUACCAUGGAACUGGCUCAAUUUGGCGAAAUUGGUAUGUUCCAUAUUUUAUUUAUUUUUUGUUAUAAUAUUUGUUAGGUAGAUACAGGUAGACAACUGCAUUAUAUCAAUAUUAUAUAAUAGGUAAUCCAAAUGUACAAUAACGACGGAUGGGGGGAGGGUAUAUUAUCAGAUAAGAAUUCUCUUUAUGUAAUUAGGUUUUAAUAGUCUGUUUAUAGAUUGCUAACUAAUACUGACCGUGAAGAUAAAGCCUUGUUAGUUUUAAUUCAUACUCGCUGCUUUAUAAAAUAUAAUAUUUUGAUUGAUUGAUUAUUAAAAUUAAGCGUUUUAAUUUCUGAGUUAUACAACUUGUACUGAUAACCUUACCUAUGCCAUUUUAUUUGAUACUUCAGUGUAUCCAGUAUUUUUCAUUUGGGGCGGGGAAACCUAUAUUAAAAAAAAACAUACUGUUUUGUAAAUUAAAUAAUUAUUCCGCCCAAUUAUUUGUAUUUAUUAUUUGAACGCAAGUAUGCCAUAAUCAUUAUUUUAUUAGUAAUAAUUUGUCAAUGCUGAAUAGUUUGUAAUUUUUUAAUCAAUGUGAGGGGGGCCGUUUUAAAUAUAGCCCUUCCCUUGGUUACGCUACUGUCAUUUUUUAUUGGUGUAUGAAUUGAUAAAAUUCUAAAUUUACCUGUAUUAAUAAUUUAGGUAUAUUCAAAUAUAUUAUGUUAAAAUACUACUUAGGACCAUUUUUUCUAUAUACCUAUAAAUAAUUUCAAACAGUAGUUACCUAUAUUAAAGGUAUUAGGAAAAAAAGCCAUAGACUACAAAAAAUAAAAAUGAAUCUGUUGUUGAAAAUUUGAAAAUAUUAUUAUUUCAAGGGUUUUUUUGUGCAGUAAAAAAAAAAAAAAUUACCUAAAUUGUAAUCGGGUAUUCUUACAAUAAUUGAUAUGGAUUAAUUGACUACAAAUGUAUUAAAACAAAUAUAACUUCAAACAAAUCUUCUCUACCUAAAGAUUUAUUUUUGUUUUUUUUUUUUAAAUGUAUUUUAUUAAUGUAUAAUGGGGCUUUUUUUACACUUCAAAUUUUUUUCUUAAUUUGUCAAUAACUAUUUUUUUCUUGGGGAUAUUUUUCCUUUAUCGAAACAUUUAUCCUUGUGUGGUCUCUGGUCAGGAGCUUUUCCCCCCCUUCUAUGAAUUAAGGAUAAUUUUUAUUAUCCUUAAUUCAUAUUAUCUAAUAUCCACUAUUCAAGUACAGCAGAUUCCACUUAAUGUGGGCAAAUGUAACUGAUCCCAAUAUGCCCACAUCAAGUGGUUGACUAUUUUAACCGAAAUGAGUAUCGUGUUAUACAUUAGAAUUAAGACCAGACUAUUGUGCCCAUAUUAACAAAAUCCACUGUAUAUAAACUUAUGUUUGUAUUAAAAUUGAGUUAUAUAUUUUUAGUAAAUUGGGAGUUAGAGUAAACUCGAAAAUCCCACUGUUGUUUGUUUUAAUGUAACAGCAGUUUUUACAGUUUUAAUGAUUUGUGGUACUAUCUGUCGUUGAUAUAGCUGUAUUAAAAUAUAAACCUAUUAACUAACAGUAAAGAGGAAAUUUAAAUUCCAACAAAAUAUAUUUAUUACUCAAUAUUACCUGAUUGGAACUUUUAUUAGUACGUGGGUAUUCAUUUUGUGUAUAAACAUUAUUCAAUUCAUGGCCUUUUGCUCGGCAUUUAGUUUGAGAAAACUUAUUGUUCAUUAGUUCAAAGCUUUACAUUUAGAUGUUUGUUAUCUAAAUAAUUUUAUAUGAAACAAUUUAAGUUGUAUAUUAUGUAAUUAAAUAAGCUCUUAAAAUAGUUAUACUCCUUAAUGUAUAAUAGAUACUUUGGUAGAUAGUUGAUGAAAAAAUGAUAAUUAAGAAUUAAAAUUAAACUAUUGAAUUAUGUAAUUGACAAUUAUCAUUAGUAUAAAGUCUUAUAAAGUGGUCUAUAAAACAUCUUAAUUAUUAACUAAUUUUAAGUAGGUAGGUAUGUAUUUAAUUUAUUAUAUUAUUAAUUGUUAAUAUUAAAUAGGUACUAAAAAAACAAUUGUAAUAAUUGUAUGUUACUACACCUAUAUCAGUUAAAAAUAAAUCUAGAUAAUUUUUCGAGGUUUUUUUGAUUAUGUAAUAAAUGAUCUGUAUGUUUUUUUAAAAAAUUGAUAACUUUAUAAUUAACAUAAUAUAUAAUACAAAUAUGAACUAUUUAGAUAUUAUUAAUUAGUUUUAAAAUGUAAAAUACUGUAUAGUUUUCAAAUAAAAUGUUAAUAAUAGAGUUUCUAUAGGUUCCUAUAUGUUUCUAUAGGUAAUUUAUUAUCAUGACCCAUUUUUCAGAAAUAUUAAGAAUUGAAUUUAAGCUAUAGGUGCAAUUUUAUAAAGUUUUAUUGAUGCAACUUUAUUGUAUAUUUCUUUUUUAUUAAUUUGUAUUUGUGUUAUUUCACAUAUAAUUUUAAGAUAAACCACAUAAUGAGAUAUUUUCUCCAUCAGAUAAUUACAAAUUUAUGAAAAAAAUCCCCAUUGUAAAUUAAUAUGUAGGUAGACGGUUUAAAAAAUAAUAAUGAAUCAUUUUAAAGAAAACUGAUAUAGGUAUACUUUUAUUGGAAAUUAUUCAUGUGUAUCUAAAUAUUUAUUUUAGGUAUUUAUAUGAUUUAAUAUUUUGGUUUUCUAAUCAUUGUAUUCUUCUCGCAUUCUUAUUUUUCAGUUUUAAAAAUUAGAUUUUUGAAAAAUUCAACUAAUGAUUCAUUAUUAUAUUUUAAAUUAGUAAAAUUGUUAACUUUUGAUUAUCUAUCUAACUAUUUAUUAAUUUAAAAUUGGACUUUUUUCCCCAAUAUUUUUUCUGGGGGGUUUUUUUUUUCUAUGACUGGUGCUUUUUUUUUAAUAGUUACUAAUUAUUAAAUUAGUUUUAAAAAUAAAUAUAACUAUAAUAAUUUUACUGCAUUUAAAACAAAUAUUAUUUGUAUAAAAACUAAUAAAGUAAUAAAUAAUUGUGUAUUUAUUUAAAAUAAAAUGACUUUUUUUAAGAUAAUGUAUUAAAUAUGUUUAAUAUGUAUGUAUCUAAUAAUUAAUAUACUGAUAAAGCCAUAUUAUGUACAACUUAGUCAGCAUAAUAUGGAUACAUGAAUUAAUAAGGAAUCUAGAUUAUCAUUUAUUUUAUUUUCAUAAUUGUCCGUUCUGUAUUUUUUCGUAAUUUAGUUUUAUUUAAAAUUAAUUUAAACUAUUGUAUCAACUACAUACCUACCUAUCUUUUUUUAUGGUUUCAUUAAAAUAUAAAUUUAGAAAUGCUUAACUUGACUUCAAACAAACUUAGUCUAUAUCUAUUAUUUUCAGAUAGAUAAAUUGUUCAAGUUUAUUUUCAUUACAUCUUGCGUGUUUUAGAAAAGUAACAUGGUCUCACAAGUUUUCUUCUCUAAAUCUUCAAUCUAAACAAUUUUAUCUCAUUGUGAUAAUAAUAGAAAUUAUUAUUGAUUUCAUAAAUUUCAUUUCAACCAUGAAUUAGGAUCUUAAUUUAUAAUUUCAAAAACCCAAUCAAAAUCUUGGAAGGUGAUUAGAAAUAUCUAUUUUUAAAUGAAAAACCAUUGAGUACUUCAAGUGUCUUCUAUGUUGAUGUGCAUAAGAAAACUAUAUCAAUUAUGAGAUUGUCCAAAAACUCUUAAAUCAUUUUAGUGAAAUUGCAUUUUUCUUUAUUUGCAUUUGAUGUUAUUAAUUUUAUUUAUUAAUCUGACUUUCUAAACACCUAGAUUUCUAAUUUGACUUUUUCUCAGUUUCUCACAUAUUUCACUUUUUAUAUCAUUAAAAAUAGUUUAUUUCCUCUCAACUCAUUCAGAUUCAUCAUACUUUUCCAGAACAGCUGCAAUUCCCCUGAUAGGUAUUUAUCACAAUUAUUCAAGGACAUAAAAUUGCCCUCGUACAUUAAUAAUUAUAUGUAUUAUAUAUUGUAGGGUGUGAUUAUCCUACUAAUAUUAUAAAUGUGAAAGUUUGUGAGGAUGUAUGCAUGUUUGUUACUAUUUUGCGUCUAAACUACUGAAAGGAUUAAACUGAAACUUUUCAUAGGUGUAGUUCUAGACCAGGAAUAACAUAUAAGCUACCUUUUGUCGUAGAAAUAAAACUUGAAGGAGAUAAAGGUUUUUAGUUAUUUUUGGUAUGGAAAUUAAAUUAUUUUUGUUGAAUUAUGGAUUACCAUAAAUAACACGGAUGAAUUAAAAAAAAAAAUUAAUAGUCAACAGAAAUUAAAGUAUUAUAACAACUUCUGUUAAACAUUCUGUCUGACUAUCUGCCGGUCUAAUAAUUGGCUUGAAAUAGAAUGUGCUACCUUAAUAACAGGAUGAAAAUCUAACCUAACACAAAUUAAAACAUGUAUGAUACACACUUUUAGUCUGUAGAUUACCCAUUUUCUAUCUAUUUUUUUUAGUUCAAUAUACUGAUACCGAAGAGCUAAAUGGAAAUAAAGUUAAAAAAAAAUUAAAAAUUAUCACGUGCAAUGCUAGGGGUGGACAGUUAGUAAUAUAUAUAUAAUUAAUAUAAAUAGUAUUUUUUUGAACUUUUCCUAUCAUGCACCAGCAUCUAUUUUUUUCUUUCUUGAGAUUUUAAAUGUUACCCGCCAUUGGUUUGUGUCUCCUAGAUUGUCUCUGAUGUGGCAUUUAAAAUAUUUUCUUAUUAAACCUAAUUAAUUUCUAUAUAAUUAAUAUUAUUACUUAAGUUUAAUCUCAAUUAAAAAUCACAAUCACUAUUUCAUGCUUCUAAUAAUAGUCUUGAUGUAUUCUUAGAAUAUAUGGUCUAACAAUUAUAACAAAUUCAGCUUAAUCUACAAACUAAUGAUUAUUUAUUUAUUGAAGAUAAUUUUAUUAUUAUUAUUAUAUCCAGUGGCGUACUGAUAGGGUGGCAUGAAAAGCAAUGAGCCACUGACCCAUGAAAAUUAAGAGUCCCUAAUCAGAGUCCAAGAUAUAAUUUUUCUGUGAAUGGAUAGUUAAAUAAAAAACAGGCGAAUAUGCAUUGUUUUAUUUAUUAAAUAACAUGAGUGGACAGAUAAAUGUAUGAAAACAAAUAGUGAUCAUUUUUUUUUUUUUUAAUCUAAACUGUAAAUUACACCCAAACUUGGAUUGUGUACUUGACAGGGUUAAUUAUUGAUGGAGGGUGUACCUGCAUAUAAAAUUUAUUUUUUUUGCGGGCUGUACUUGCAUAUAAAAUUUAUUUUUUUUGCUUUGAUUUUUGUGUUGAAUUUUAAAUAUAUUUUAGAAAAAAAUUUAUCAUACAAUUUUUUUUUGAAAUGGCAGUUUUGUUUUGGAUACUGCCGUAGCACUUUUUGUGUGGUGAGAUAUUUUGAUACGGUUAUUAUGAAUUGUCGUUAUGUCACUGAUUAUUACUACGUGUUGAAAAUAAAUACUUUUGUUAUAUUCAUCAGUUAUCUAUGUUUUUUUUUUUUUAUUAAGUUGUAGUAUUUUAUGUACAUUUAAAAAAUUGAUAUUUUUAUAAUAUGGGUUUAAUAUCUUUUAUUAUAAUAUUAAAAUCAAGAAAUUAGAUUAUUUGCUUAUUAUUAUUGUUUUUGUAAAUAUUUUGGUUUCUGUGCAGAUUAUUAAUUUAGUUUUGGUUAUUAGAUGGUUAUAGAAAUAGUACCUACCUAAAUCUACAUAUUUAAUUUAUUAACGAGUUUAUUUUCUUUAUUUUUAAGAUUAAUAGUUAAUAAUAUAUAGAAUAAUGUGUCUUAGAAAUGUUAUAACAAGUUUUCAUUUGACUGUUUAUUUGUAUCUUUUUUUUUAAUUGAUGGUAAUACCUAGUAUUUUAUUGUUGUAGGUAUUUUUAAUUUUUAACUGUAGUAUUAAGCUGGUUGACUGUUAAUUAUAAUAAUUUUUGUUAGGUUCCUAAUUGACUACGAUGAUUUAAUUUUUAUAUGAUAAAUAAUUUAAAAAUAUGACAAAUCUAAAGUAACAUAAAUGAUAAUUUUUAUUUUUCUGAAAUUAAUUUAUGUACUUUCUUUAUUUUAUAGAUAUAUAGGUACAUUCAUUAUGAAUUUUGAGUAGUGUAAGGAGUUACUAGUUUAUUAUUGUUUGUGUUUAAUUAGAAUAUUUUCAUUUAUUUAAUUUUCAAAAUAAUAACUCAUUUGUAUUGAAAGUUCUAAUUUCAUAUCUAGUAUUGUUAUUAUUUCAGUUAGACUCAUGUAGUCAUAUGGUUGAAAUAGGUCAAUGACUUUUUAAUGUCCUUGAUUACUUCCUACAACAAUACUAUUAUAUACUAGAUAGAAGAUAUUGUAGUUAUUAUAAAAUUGUUUCAAUGAAUUAUAUUAAAUGUUUUAAUUAUUUCAUUUUACUAAUUUGUAUAAUUUCAUUAUAUACCUAUUUGUAAAAUAAUAUAAUUUAUACUUAUUCAAAAAUGUAAAAUACCUACAUAAAUUGAAGUAAUGUUUAUAUUAUAAAACUAUUAUUUGAUGUGUUUUUAAAAUAUUUAUGAAAACAAAUCAUUGAUGCGUUAUAAUAUUCCAUUAGGAAUUAAAAUAUUUUGUUUUAUUUAGUACCUACUACUAAGAUAUAAAUUUAAAAAUUUCCCCAGUGCAAUUUUGAUUAAUUUGCGCUUAAAUUGUUAUCGUGGUUUUAUUCUGUAUUUCAUAUUAAAUAACAGCAUGCAACUUGAUUCUAGAAUAUUAUCUUUUUAGCUCAUUAGUGUAGUUUAAUAAUGCAUAAUAAUAUAUUGGAAGCAUUAUUUAUAUGUUAAGUAUUUUAUAACAAACUAAACUUUACAUGUUGUGUAUGAGGUUUAUAUUUUUUUUGUAAAAUCAUAAAACAACUGAUAAUAGUAUUAUAUUUAAAAAUGUAUUAUGCAUAAUAUGUGUUUAUAUAAGAAAUUGUUUUGCCUCAGAAGCCGGGCUGAGUUUUAGAGUCUCUUUAUAACUAACUGCUAGUAACAACAUAUAUGGUUAAAGAAAGAUGGUUCAAAAAUUCAUGAACUACAAUUGUUUAGUUAAACAUUUUAAUUUUAACUCAUAAAAUAUGAAACCUAAUUAUAUAGAAUAGAAAUAGACAACUGGCGGUCCAUUUUUUUUUAUCUAGCUUAUAAUACCUUUUAAAAUUGUAUAAUAAAUGCUCACAUUAAACAAAUUAUAAUAAAAAUAGUUGUUUAAUUAUUUUAAUUGAAGUUUAGUUUAAAAUAUACUUAUCUAUAAAUAAACAACAAAAUAAAUUCCAAAAUAAACUAACUAUACUAAAUAAAUUUCAAUUAUAAAUAAUUAUUUUUAAUGAUCAUAUUAUAUUUAUUAUAUUAUGGAUUUAUGCAUUGUUACUGAACUAUAGAAUAUAUUACUUAAACCAAAUUUGUAUAAUAUAAUUUCAAAUAUUCGUCUAAUAGUUGUGAUGAAGACAAAGAAUAAGAAGGAUAAGAAAUAUUGGUCUAAUAGACCAUUAUUUUGUUGUGUGAAUGAAUAAGUAAUUAGCCAGAAGUACUACUGCUUGAUUGAUCUGCCCUUGUUUAGGAAUCUGUAUUAGUAUUUAAUACUACUAUUUCUAGUAAAUAACAAAUUAUCACUAUUAAAAUAAGUAGAUUAUAAAUUUAUAAAUUAUGUAUAUUUUUAAGUAACCGAAUAAAUACAUUUUUUUAAAAUUAUUAAAAUUACGUUUUAAUCAAUUUUUAUUUGUGAUCAUUAUUGUAAAAAAAAAAAAAAAGUUAAUAUAUUUUAAUGAUAUUAAUUAUUAUUUUUGUGUAUUUUUAGGCUGGUGCAGCUUUAUUAUGUCUUUUGUCAAUGGCCGAUAUCGGAUAUGCAAUAAUUCAGUAUUCCUCAGGAAUGCCCAUAUAUUCUGUGGACUUUUAUACCCCACUUGUAAAACUAAUUACAUUCGUAAGUACUUAAUUUAAUUUAUUUAUACAACUUUUAACACAUUUAUGUAAUAUUUUAAGUAGGUAUAUUAUAAAUAUAACUAGAUUAUUCCUAUAAGUCUUAUAUGUGUUGAAUUAUUUAAAAUAUAUUUUGUUAUAUUCAUAUUUAUUUCUUAAUUCAUUUCAGGGAUUUGUAAUGGUUUUAAUUAGUGCUAAUCGGGCAAGAGGAUUACGCUCAUCUGGGUUAAUAUUUUUAUUUUGGCUAUCAUUGGCAUUUUGUGGAAUAAUUCAAUAUCGAUCAGAGAUCCGAUUUGCAUUAUCUGAUGUAAGAAAUUGUCUUAUUAAUAUUUGUUAAUAUAUUAAUAAUUAAUAAUAAGUAAUAAUUUUUAUUGUUUAUUUGUUUAGAAACCAUUAGAGAAAUACCAAUUUAUUAGUUACAUGGUAUAUUACCCUCUUGUUUUAAUUCAAUUUGUUUUAAGUUUCUUUGCUGAUUCUGAUCCAAGGCUAUCAGAUUAUCCAUCUGUUGAAGUAAUUUUUUUCAAAAUAUAUUUAAUAUUUUUAUUUAUAUUUGUAUAUAUUUAAUUAAAUUCUAGAAACCAUGUCCUGAGAUGAAAGCGUCAUAUCCAUCACGUGUAUUAUUUUCAUGGUUUGAUACAUUAGCAUGGACUGGUUAUAGACGUCCCUUAGUGACCAGUGAUCUGUGGAAUAUGAACUAUGAGGAUAGUUCACGAGAAGUGGUUCCUGUCUUUGAUAAAUAUUGGGAACGUUCAUUAAUUAAAGCUAAGUGAGUAAAUAUAAUUUUUCUAACUUAAAUGAAUUGUGGAUCUUCAAUAAUCUAUCUUUCAUUAUUUCCAUAUACCUGAUAUUGAAUGAUAUAAAAAAAACAUUUAAUCUUGAUUAUUGAAAUAAUAAUUUUUAUACAUAAAAAAACAUUAUUUUUAAAAACUAGAAACUAUAAUUUAGAUUUUGAAUUUUAUGUAUGCAACCAAAAAAAUUAACAAAGUAAAUAUAAAAAAUAAUAUAUUUUUUACAUUACAAACAAAAUAAUUUGUUUUUAAAUAUAUAUAAUUGAAAAAAUUGAACAAAAAUUACCAAAAAACUAACAUUGACAAAACAAAAAUGCUAUAAUAACAAGAUUGAAAUUGUAUUAUUAGUUAUUUAAUAAAAUGUAAUUAAACAUUGAACCUAUGAAAGAUAGUUGUCCGUGAAAUUAAAAAUGCUACUAAUCUGUUAUAUACAGCUAGUAUGUACAUUUAAAUGAUCAUACUGACUAAAGUUUAAAUUAAAGAACAUUUCUAUUGAACUCAUAUUUUAUUAUUUUGUUUGGCCUGUUAAAUCUUGGUGUAGUUUUAUUUUUUAAAGUAACGUGAGUUAAGUAAUUACAGUUUUAAUUUUUAACAGAAAACAGUUGUAAACUAUAUUAUGUUAUUAUGUAACUAUGUUAUGUAUAAUACGAUAUACAUUUUAUAGAUUCUUUGAAAACUAAUAAAUAUAAAAAUAAUCUAUAGGUUACUAGAUAAUGCAAAAGCAUCAUAUAUCAAACAUAAAUCUGAUGGAAGUAUUGAAGUAUCACCUACUGAAUACACAAGAAUUACUCGUGAUACUAAAAAUCAAAAAGAAGCAUCAAUUCUUCCUGCAUUAUGUAAAUCAUUUGGUCGUACAUUUUUAUUUGGAACAUUUUUGAAAGUUAUUGAAGAUUGUUUAGUCUUUGUCAGCCCUCAAGUGCUUAAGUAAGUAUUUACUCAAGUAUUCUUUAUAAUAUAUAAAUGUUUUAAGAAUUACAAAUAUUAUGUACUUUUCUCUUCUUUAAUUUAAAUUUUUCUUUUAGAUAUAUGAUAGCAUUUGUAGGAAAUCCUAAUGAGCCUGAAUGGAGGGGAUAUUUUUAUGUUUUUCUCAUGAUGUUAACAGCAACAUUACAAACAUUAAUAUUGUCACAAUAUUUUCAUCGUAUGUAUCUUGUUGGUAUGCGUGUUCGAACUGCACUAACUUCUGCUAUAUAUCGAAAGGUAAUUUUAUUUACAUACUGCCUUGUAUUUACUAUAAUAAAUUGAAUGUAUUAUUACAUUUAUUUUGUAUAAAAUAGUUUAAUAAAUUCAUUUAUAUUUGUUUAGGCUUUAAGAAUCUCAAAUACAGCCAGAAAAACAUUUACUGUAGGUGAAAUAGUUAAUUUAAUGGCUGUAGAUGCUCAUAGAUUUGUUGAUUUGACUACUUAUCUUAAUAUGAUAUGGUCUGCACCAUUUCAAAUCGCUCUAGCAAUUUAUUUUUUGUGGCAAUCACUAGGACCUAGUGUACUUGCUGGUUUAUUUGUGAUGAUAGUCUUGAUACCAGUUAAUGGUAUUGUGGCUGCUAAAGCAAGAAAUCUUCAGAUCAAACAAAUGAAAAAUAAAGAUCAAAGAGUUAAAUUAAUGAAUGAAAUUCUUUCUGGAAUAAAAGUAAUAGUAUUUUUGGUAUUCAAUUUGAAUAUAAAUUUUAUUAUUUUGUUUUAUUAGGUCUUAAAAUUAUAUGCUUGGGAACCAAGUUUUGAACAGAAAGUGUUGGAUAUUCGAGGAAAAGAAAUUAAAGUACUACGUACUGCAGCUUAUUUAAAUGCAGCUACUUCAUUUAUUUGGGCUUGUGCUCCAUUUUUAGUAUGACAACAUUUUAAUUAUUAUAUUUAGAGUAUAAGACUAUAUUCUUUCUUACUUUUAGGUAUCAUUGGUAACUUUUGGUGUAUAUGUAUUAUCUGAUGAAAGUCACGUAUUAGAUGCACAAACCGCUUUUGUUUCUUUAUCUUUAUUCAACAUUUUACGGUUUCCUUUAUCUAUGUUGCCAAUGUUCGUGUCUAAUGUGGUUCAAGUAUGUUAUCUAAUAACAUUUUGAAUAUAUAUAAAUGUAUUUUUAAAUUUCUCAUUCAUAUUUUUAGUCAAGUGUAUCUAUCAAGAGAAUAAAUAAAUUUAUGAACUCUGAAGAAUUGGAUCCAGAUUCUGUCACUCAUGAUUCAGAUGAAAGUAUGCAAAAUAAUAUUUAUUAAUAAACAAAGAAAUAAAUUUUGUUGAGUUAAUAUUUAAAAAUAUAAAAAUUAUAAUAAAUAAAAAAUAUGAAGAAAUUAAUUUACUUGGAUUUAAAAGAGGUUGUUUAUAAUGAUUCUAAAGAAAGGAUAGUAAGAAAACCUCCUUAGUCAGUUGAUACUUCUGAAUGCCUUCUUUAUUCUGCUUAAUUAGUUAGGUUAUCAUAAUUGCUUUAUUGUACAUAUUUUGUACAGAUUGUAAUAAAUAAAUUGUUUUAAAUUAAUUAAUUUAAAAAAAACAUAUUUAAUUAAAAAAUAAUAUUGUGUUACAUACCUAAUAUGUUAGGUAAUAAAUAAAAAAAAAAUAAAGUUUUUUAAAUAUAACAUCUUAUCUAUUUCAAUUCAUCAUAUACAAUUUCUUCUAUUUUUUAAUGUUUUUAAUAUUAUUUUAUGUGUAUUCAUUUUUAUUUUAAAUAUAGUUUUAUUUGUUCCCUUUGUAGUACUAGGUAAUAACCUGAUGAUGAUUUUUUAGAUUCUGAUCAGAGUGAGAAAUGUAUUGGUUUGGUUACUUUGAUGUGUGGUUUUUUCUGUGUGAAAAAUUUUCAUUAGAAAUCUUUCUCCAAUUCUAUGAUAAGAGACAUUUAUUGGAUUUAGUUUAUUUAUUUAUGUCAUUUUUUGAUUUUUCAUGCAGUUUUUAUAAUAAUUGUGGAAAAACUGGAAAUUUUAGUUUCAUUAUUAUCAAUUUUAUUUUCAUUGUUAUUAAGUUAAAAUUAAUCGUUAUAAUAACUUUCAAAACAUUCUGGACAUUUUUAGUUAUUAUUUAAUUUUAUGUGGAUAGAAUAGUUUUGACCAAGAUAUAUCACAAGUUGUACUUGGUGGUAAAACAAAAUUUUUUUAGCCUAAUGUGGACAUUUUGUUUUAAGUUAACAUGUUGAUGAAAAUUUUAAAAAAUUACAGCAUUCUAAAACAUGGGGUUUACCUAAAUAUUACCCAGAAUCGUAUUUUAUCGUUGGAUACAGAUUUUAAUUAAACAACAAUGUAUCUUACCUUUCCAACUUUCCAUUAUAAGUGAGACACCUAUUAGCAGUAUCAGUUAUUUUAUAAUCAAAACUGGUCAUAAAUAUUAACUUCCUAUUAUAAUACUUUGGAUUGAUUUUAAUAUUAAUUUUAUUGUUUGUUAUUAUUUAUAUAAUAUAAUUUAACAAAUGAUUUAUAAUUUUUAGAGGAUCCUCUUGUAAUUGAAAAUGGUACAUUUACUUGGGGUGAAUCAACUGAAGCACCAAUAUUGAAGAAUAUAAAUUUGAGAAUUUUACCUAGUCAAUUGGUUGCUGUGGUUGGUACUGUUGGUUCUGGAAAGAGUUCUUUAGUGUCAGCUUUUCUUGGGGAAAUGGAUAAAGUUUCUGGAAGAGUUAACACUAAAGUAAGUGUUUUAACAUACGCUAAAUAAUUAGUUUUUCAAUUUAAUUAACUGUGAUACUUAAAAAAAUUAAAAUACAUAGAUAUUUAUGUAGCUAUUAUUUAAUAUUUUAUGUAACUAGUAGUAAUUUUAAACAAUUUUUUUUUUAGGGAUCAGUAGCAUAUGUACCACAGCAAGCUUGGAUUCAAAAUACUUCACUUAAAGAUAAUAUUUUGUUUGGUCAGUCAUUAAGUGAUAGAAUUUAUAAUAAGGUUAUUGAUGCAUGUGCAUUAAGAGCUGAUUUUCAAAUGCUUCCAGCAGGUGAUAAAACAGAAAUUGGUGAAAAGGUAUGACGAAAAAAUAUAAUUAAUUUCACAGUAUUUUUAAAAAUUUAAAAAUUACUGUUUAUAGGGUAUAAACUUGAGUGGGGGCCAAAAACAAAGGGUUAGUUUAGCUAGAGCAGUUUAUAAAGAAAGUGAUAUAUAUUUUUUGGAUGAUCCUUUAAGUGCUGUUGAUUCACACGUUGGAAAACAUAUUUUCGAAAAUGUAAUUGGACCUACAGGGUUAUUACGUAAAAAGGUAAUAGGAAGUGAAUAUAUUAAAUUAGAAUAGAUUAAAUUAAUUUUACAUAAUAUUUUUAUUUUUUAGACUAGAAUUUUGGUAACACAUAGUGUUACGUAUCUUCGAGAAGUAGACUUAAUUGUUGUUUUAAAAGAUGGUCAAAUUUCAGAGUCUGGUACCUAUAAAGAAUUGUUGGAUAAAAAAGGAGAUUUUGCUGAUUUCUUAAUAUUGCAUAUGCAAGAACAAAGUGCAGAAAAAGUUGAUGAAAAUGGUAAAGAAAAUAAUUAUUUUGAUAAGGAUAUUGUUUUUAAUAUUUAUUAAAUUUUUGUACUUUUAGAAAUUGAUAAGCUGUUAGAAGAUGCACCUGCAGAUUUGAAAGAAAAAUAUGUUCGGCAGAGAAGUGAAUCAAAUUCUACUAAUUCAAUGCAAAGGUAAUGUAUUCUUAGGAUUUAAUUUGCAUAUUUAGUAAAUAGUCAAAUACUCUUAUGUUAAUUUGAUUUUUCAAUUUUUAGGCAAAAAUCUAUAGAUUCUGAAAAAGUUCCUCCUCCAUCUGUUAGUUUAGAUCAGCAAGCUAAACUGAUAGAAGUAGAGAAAGCAGAAACUGGCAGUGUAAGUGUAUCAUUGAAUAAUUUGAUUAGACAAAUAUUUUUAACAUGUUAUUUAUUAACUGUCAACUGAUGAUUUUUAAUUUAGGUGAAAUGGGAAGUCUAUGUUCAUUAUCUCAAGUCAAUUGGACCAUUUUUGUGUAUUACUACAAUACUUUUGAGUAUUAUAUUUCAAGGAUUUUCUAUUUCAUCAAAUAUUUGGCUCUCAGUAUGGUCUAAUGAUGUUAGUUCUCGUGUUAAUGGAACAGAAAAUGUAAGCAAAAGGGAUUUGUAUCUCUCUGUUUAUGGUUUACUGGGAUUUGGCCAAGGUAAGUUUAUUGUUCAUAUUUAUAACUAAAAUAUUGUACAUCUAAUUUAUAAGUUUGACUUGAUUUAAAAGAGGGUAUAUACAGAUGAAUUCAUCUUGGUUAUCUCCUAUAUUUAUUAGAAUGUAAAUUAAAAAGUUGAUUAGCAUAAUUAACUAAAAAGAAUGAUAAUAAAUAAUUAACUACAUAAUAUAAUAUCCCAAAUAUUUCUUAGAGUAUUUUAUUUAAAUAAUUUGUAUAAAGUUAUUCUUGAUCUAUUUUACUAUAUCCAUUUAUGUAAAAAUAGUAAAUAGGUACCCAAAAUCAGUUUUUACUGAUUUUUACUAAAAUUAGUUUUUAUUAAAUGCCUACAGUUAUAAACUCCAAAACUAGUUUUGUUUUAAUUAUUAUUGAUUUUUUUAAAUUGUUCAAUUUUCUUCAGUAUUUAACACCCUACGGCUAUUUACCUAUUUAUCUUUGGGUAAUUUAUUAACCUAAAUUGUUAUUAGCCAAUUUUAGCUCUAAUUGAUUUGCGUAUAUAUAUAUAUUUAUACCAACAUAAUAUAUAAAUUAAAUUUGAACAAACUAUUAAUUACCUUGGUAUAAUUAUUGACGUAUGUUUUACUUAAAUUGUAUGUAUUAAAUACCAUUUUUUUUUUUAAAAACAAUUUAUGGGUUUUAAUUUUGUUACUGUAGGUAUAUAUAUAUAUUUUAUAUUUUUAAAUAUUAAAUAUAAUAAUAGUAAAAGAAAAUAAAUAAAUAAUAAAUAAAUUGUAAUAAAUUAGCUAUAUGUUAUUUAAAAAGUUAAUAUACAAAGCUACCUUGAUUAUUAUAUGUGAAGUUACACUGCAAUACAGUUGUACAUUUUAUUGUAUUUUGUGUGCACUUAUAUAAUUUAGAUCUUAUGUAACAUUGCUAAAACUUCUACACUUUAUUUUAUUCUUAUUUGAACAAAAACAAAUCUGAUUUAACAAUCAAAUUGGUUAAAAAAAAAUAAUGACAAAAUGUCAAUAAACAUUGGUAUUAUUUUAUAAUUUUAUUUUUGUACUAAUAUAAAAAUUAAAUUUAGAAAUCUGAUUGAAAUUUAUUACCAAUCUAAAUGUUAUAUGAUCUUACAGUUUGAUGUAAAAGUUCAAAUAUGUGCAAAUUGUUAUUAACUGUGUGUAUUAACAUAUUUGUGUUAGUAUAUAAUUAAAUAAUUUCAUGUCUAUGUUAUGGUUUAUAUAUAUGUAUACACUAUAUAGUAUGUAUUAAUUAUUUUUACAAUACUUUUAUUAAUAAGAUAAAGUGAAUUCAUGUAUAUGUGUUUAUUUUAGUUUAUUUAAAUAUUUUUGAUUUGGUGUAGUUAUUGCAACGGUGACUGCGGCAAUAUCUUUAUCGUUAGGCACAGUUAAAGCUGCUGAAAAAUUAUACCAUUUGAUCAAUGCACGAAUUUUCAAGAACCCAAUAAGCCUGUUUGAUACAACACCUAUUGGUCGUAUCUUGAAUAGAGUGUCUAAGGACAUUGACACUAUUGAUAAUACAUUGCCAUUCAUAUUAAGAUCAACUGUCCAAACUGUAUUUUCGGUAAAUUCGGAAUAAAAUGAAUUAUGUGUAUUUAUUGUGGCUUGGUGUGUUAAGUAUUUUAUGUCUCUAACACUGUAUUAUAUAUCUUUUUCACUGCUUAGAACCAAGGCUAAGAUUUUAUAAUACUAAAAUAUUUAAAACUUAACAGAUAUUAAUAUCAACCUAUACAGUAAAGUUUAUAUCUGUGAGCAAUUUUCACUUAAUCUAAUCUAGACUAGUAUCAUUUAGUGUUCAAUUUAAAGUUUUAAUUAAGUGUACAAAUAUUUAUAAACUAAAAUUUGUAAAGUUAAUUGAUUGUCUAUCAUAAUAAUAAUAAAUUAAUUUCACGAUUUUCAAAAUAUUUAAAUUUAUGAUACUCUUUUUUACAAAUAUUUUUUAACUUCUAUAAAUUGCUAAUUAAUACAUUUUUAAAUUGUUUGUUCAUUCUAUCUAAAAAUUCUUAAAAUAUUGAUUUCUUCUAAUUAUAUAGGACAUUUUAUUUUAUUUUAUGAAAUAUACCAAACAAAAUUAUUGUUUGUAAGAAAAUAAUGUGGAUAUUAUGAAAUCUAUGCCUUGCUUAUAAAUUGUUGAUGUAUAUAAUAGUUUUUGCACUUUAGUGUUUUGUAAAAAGAAAUUUUUAAAUGUAGUUAUGUAUGAUCUUAUACUUAUUUUUCAUUAUAUAUGAGCUGAAGCUUUUCUCUUUAGUUGUGUAUGUAAUUAAAGCUUUAUUGUAGUAUUUUACAUCUUUAGUGUUAUAUACAGUUAAUUCUUUAGAAAAUUUUAAUUAAUUUGUUUCUGGUUUGGAAUAGAUUAGAAAUUAUAAUUUUUUCAAAUAUGUCAAAAUAUAAUGUAAAUAUUAGUCAUUUGAUCGUAAUGGGUAUUCUUUGUUAAAACUAACAAUACAAACUAUGGUGCUCCUUCUUUUUUCCAUGAAAUUCCUCACCAUUAGAGAAUUAAACAAAUCUUCAUUUUAAAUUGAAUACAGUUGGUUUAGAAAUAUAACUGGCCUGUCCUUUUAAGUUUUUCAAAUUUAAAUAUUCUAAACCCUGCUUUGUCCUGCUAAAUCCUAAAUCUUUGUGCCUAAAGGGACUUUUACUAAACAAAUUAAUUAAUUUCUGGAAAUAUAGUGAUGAGUAAGUAAAUCAAUCAAUUAUAUGGUUUUGUAUAUAAAAUAAUAAUAAUGUUUAAGAAGUUAAUAUUGUUUAAUUUAAUACAUUUAACUAGAAAUUCUAAUAACAUAGAUACAAUUAUUCUAAUCAAAACUUAAUGUUAUCUAAUAUAAAUGCUUAUUUUGUGGUAUUGGUAGCUGUAUCAACUAUGGUGAUGUCUAUAUCAUUAAACCUGGGAACAGUUCGAGCAUCCCAAAUGUUAUUUGGAUUGAUAAACAGGCGAAUAUUCCGGAAUCCAAUUAGUCUGUUUGAUACUACACCAAUUGGACGUAUUUUAAACAGGGUAUCUAAGGACAUUGACACCAUAGAUAAUGUAAUACCAUUUACAUUGUCGUCUGCACAAGGGACUUUUUUUUCGGUAAAUUCGAGAUAUAUAUUUUUAACAUUUUGCUUAGUAAAUUUAUUAUCAUCUCAUAGUUAAUUUUUUCAAUGGUGUGUUUGGGAAAAGCAACAGGGGAUUUUCCUUUUUUCUAAGCUUUUUUUUCUAAUAAGUUUAAUAUUCAAAGAAAAUAUUUUUACUUAAUCUUAAUAUGGCAUACAUUUAUUUAUAUUCAUUUUUUCAAAUUGUCUAUGAUUAGAAUUUAUCUACCAUACGUUUCAAACAAUUCUAUUAACAUUAUAAUUUGAUCGUAUUUUUUGAGAAAAUUUAAUAAUAUAUUGUUUAGAAUGGGAAUUUCAUUUUACCAUCCUGCCCACCAUAAAAAUAAAUAAUUGUUUAGUUAUUUAUUCCAUACAAUAGUUUAUACAUAUUUGUAAAUAAAAAAGUGUGAAUAGUCCAUAAUGUAACUCCUGGGAACCAAAGACAAUUUUUGUUACAAUUUAAAUGUUUGUGAAAUUUUGGAUUUUAGGAUUUCAAAUUUCAUUUAAUGUCUCUAUUUAAGUAAAACUUAAUCAUUGAAGUAAAAGACAAGUAUAUAUGUUUAUUAUUAAACAAAUCUCCAUUAUAGUUGCAUGGCUUUUUUCUUUGAUAAACUCUAGGUGCUUUGGGCUUCUUAUUAAUAUAGAAUUUUGUAGCUUUCAUUUUAUAAUAUGAACAAUUAUUAUUAUUUUCUUUUUUUUUUUCACUUUAAAUUGUCUAUAAUGAACACUUUUAUUUGUUUAUAUUGCAUAUGAUGCCAUAUGUACUUGGUAUAUUAUAUAUUAUGUUAUCUUUGUGUACAUUGCUAGGUAAUUUGAAUGUGAACAAAAAAAAUUAAUAUUUUAUUUUUUGUUGCCAUUUGUACAUGCUUUACUUGAAUAAAUUAAAUAUCUACCACUAGCCUAAACUGGUUUAUCAAAAAUAUUGUAAUUAUUUUUGUUCAUAUGGUCAUCUAAUUUCGUCAACAUUAAUUGCUUUUAUUAUUUUGAUUUGGGACAAAAAUAAUUAUAAAGUUUAUAAAGUUCAUUUAAAAUGACAACAUAUUUAUCUAUAUGAUUUAUAAUUGUGCUAUAAAUAAAUACAAAUUAUUAAUUUAUUUAGAAAAUGUGUUUUUAAUUUCUAAGGAAUGAUUUCUAUUUUAUUUGUGGUUCAAAAAUAAUGAUCUAGUAAAUUAUAUAUUAUAAAGCUUAAAAUUUAAACAAUUUAAAUUGUGUAGAAGUAAAAAACUGAAGGUAAUAUAUUGUAAUGUGUAAUAUUGCCCAUACAAUUUUAGAUUAUAUAUUAUUAAAUAUUCAACACAAAUAUCUAAUUUAAAUGACCAUUGAUAUCAAUAAUUGAACAAUGUAUACAUUUUUAAAAUUUGAAAUUUUUUUAGGAAAAUCUCAUAUUAUACAAUUUUAACACCCAAUUGUAUUCAUUAAUUAGUAGUAAUUCAUUAAAAUAUUCUAUAUAAAUAAAUAAUACAACUAAAAUUGAAUGUAUUAAUAAUCCUGUAAUUUCUAAUGCUCAUAUUAUAGGAUAUGCCCUCUCAAUAUGAAUGUAGCAAUAAAACAAUGUGGUAUAAUUAUUUUGCAAAUGUAAAAUAAUUGUUAUAUACACUAUUUCUGGUAUUUUAAACUUAUAAUUCAUAUUUUAAAUAAUAAAUAAUAAUAUGUCUAUAAUACUUAAUGAAAAGUAAUCAUACUUUAAAUAGAAGAUUAUAUAGAUUAUUUACAUAGAUUUUAUAUUGAACAAUCUAAAAGUACCUAAUUUCACUUUUGUUCCAUUUUUAACUGCCAUUUUUCUGCAUGCUAAUUAUUAAAAAGGUAUUUAGUUAGAAAAAUCAUUAAAAUAUUAUUAUGGGGUUAAAAUUUUAAAGUAUAUUUAGGAUUACUUGGUACAUAAAAUAAAGAAAGCGGUUAUUUAUUUUGAUUUUCAUGAAAAUUAGUAGCUUUUUCAUACACAUUUAGUAUUUACUAAUAGCUCUAUCACUUUUAUUAAUAUAUUUUAAAAAUAAUUUUGCAGUGUUAACAGUAGUAUUUGGUACAACCACAUUAUAUGUUGGUUGUUUGAUAGCCUCUCAAAUUUUGCAUGACAGUAUGCUUAAGAAUAUAAUGCACGCAAAAAUGAGCUUCUUUAAUGUUACGCCUAUAGGACGAAUAUUAAAUAGAGUUGCAAAAGAUGUUGACAUUAUUGAUAUUACAUUGCCUCCAAUAUUGCUGUCAUGGAAUAGAUGCCUGAUUAUGGUAAGUGCACAGGAUAAUAUUUUCAACUAGUACAUGGUUUGAGUUUUGAAGUGCAAAAACAGAAAUGCAUAAUUCUUGGUUACAAUUAAGAAUAUAGUACAUACGAAAUUAUCAAAUAUUAAUAGAUUGAAUUUCGCCCUUAAAUAAAUAUUAAAAUACAAUAUUAUAAAUUAUUAUAUUUAAAUUUAAUUGAAUAUUAACUAAAAUAUUAAUUUUUGUGGGUUUAUUAGAAUGUUACUCCAUUUGUAAUAAUUGUCUUAUUUUAGUUAGUAUAUUUUGUGUUUUAAUACAUAUUUGUUUAAUAUUAUGUAAUAUAUACUACAGUUUGUAGUGUAUACUCAAUGACACUACAUAUAUAUACACUAUAAUAAAGAUUAUAGUUUUUUUGUGGAGCUUUUGCAAAAUUAAUUUUUAUUGCUUAUGCAUGAAUGUGUGUAUUUUUCAAUUAUAUUUAUGUAAUGUUAAGUAUAAAUUUAAUAGUAUCCAUUUAUUUGAUUAUAUUGUGUAGUAACCACUCAUAUUUUCUGAAUGCUUUAAAUGUUCAUAAUUUGCUUUAUGUGUUGAAAAUAUAAAAUCCAUUAAAAAUAUUGUAUUUUAAAUUUUUAACAUAAAUUUUACAGGUUGUUAAUUAUUAGUACAGAAAUAUUGUAAUUAAAUCCAACAUCUUAAUUUACAAUUAUGUAAUAUUUAUUAGAACAAUUUAAAAUAUAACCAACUCUAAUUUCAAGUAUCAAAUUCAUUAUUAAAAUGUUUAGGGGUUUGAAUUAAAAAUAAAAAUAUAUUAUUAGUUGUAUAUUAAAAAAUUUAUUAACAUGUUACAAUGUUUAGUUAUUAAAAAUUAAUUAAUAAAUGAACAAAAAUACAUUUAAUAGUAUCACUAUCAUACAUUUGAUAAUGUUAAUAUUUAAUAUACAUUAUAAAUAUUAACUUUGUUGAAUGAUGAACAAUGAUUUUAAUUUUGUUGCAUAAUGUAGUGUAGUAUCUACUAUGAUGAUAAAAACUAUUCUUUGUUGUCUUAAUGAUAUCUACUUAUUUGUAAUAGUAUAAGGAUUGGAUUUAAAAGAAUAUUAUGAUUUAUGAGAUACUUCUUAAAAGUAGUUUAAAGUAGUAAGCUGUUAUUUCAUAAGGAUUUUAGAGGAGGUAUGAAUACCACAUCUUUGCAUCCCAUAAAUAAGUUAUGCAAUGUAAUGAACAGUUUUGUCACAUAAAAUAAAUAAUUUAAUCAUUAGUACCUAUGUUUCUAAAGGUAUACAAAUCAAUAUUAUAUGUAAUAUAGUGAAAGCUUUAGACAUUUUUUACUCAAGAUAAUUUAAAUAUGUUAAUUUAUCAUGCAUUUAUUUUACCGUUGCUAUGGUAUUGCCAUGUCCCAGUAGAUAUUAUAGAUUGUGAUCGAUAUUUACAGGGAUAUUUGAAUUUUUGGCUGACCUAUGUUUGUGUUUGGGAGCAUGGAAGGCAUCUGUCAUGUUACAUAAUUAUAUGACAGCAAACAUUUUUCGAAAUCCAAUGAGAUUUUUCGAUGCUACUCCAACUGGUCGAAUAUUAUCCCGUUUCUCAAGUGAUGUAGAAGUUGUUGACAAACUUUCUCAGCAGUUAUCUGAUACAGUUUAUUGUUUCAUGGAUGUACGUGCCAUAUUUUUUAAUAUAUGUUUUUUUCUGUUUACCGUCUAGUACUUUUUAUUUUAACUGCUUGUAUUACACUGGGUACUUCUAAUAAAACCAGUUAAUAAUCUAGUACAGCGGUUCUCAAACUGUAGUACUGUAUAUGGUAGGCUGACUACCUGGUGAUAUUUGGAAGGCCGCAUAGUGAUAGUGUGAAAUAAGAAUAGAUAAAUAAAUAUAUAAAUAAAAUAUAAAAUAAAUGAAUGAAUGCGUUGUCUGGAGUAUUAUGAUAAGUGUAUUAUACGACCAGUUUCGAAUUAGAAAUUUAUCACAAUCAUAAUACUCCCGGCGACAAUGAUUCAUUUAUUUAUUUUUUUAUUUAAAUAUUUAUUUACGAGUAUUAACUAUUUUAAUAAUUUUGUUUUUAGUGUACAUUUUAUUUAAAAAUAAAAAAAGAAAUAAUAUAGUAUUUUAUUGCCUUAUUCUUUUGAAAUAAAUGUAUUUGAAUUAUGAAUAGUUCUAAUUUUAUUUAUUAGUGAUACGCAAUAUAUUUAUAACACACAUGAAUAGUACAGGGAAAAAAGUUUGAGAACCUCUGAUCUAGUAUUAAUUUAUUUUCCUUGUUAUAUAUAUUCAUUGCUCUAUUCAAUUGCAUUUCGUUGUUAACUACAGAUUUAUUUUUGAUUAUUGUUGAUGGGUUUGUUCUCUAAAGAAUGGAUAUUUUUGUUACUACUCCAUAUUAUCGCCCACAUACAUUAAUCUUACAGCUGUCUAUAUACAGUUAUACAUGAUUUUUAAAUAUCAAAUAUGUUAUUUCAGAAUAUUUGUUUACCCAAAAUUUCAUUUUUUUUAAUCAGUAUUUUUGUAUUGAAAAACAAUAAUUUUAUAACUUUAAUGAAAUAUAUUAUGAUCGAUAUGCAAAAAAAUUAUUUUUUUCAAAUAAAUAAACAUACAGUUUUACAAGUAUUAUUUAUAUAAUAUUUUUAACUUAUUUAUAAUUUUUAUAUUGUGAUUUUGGCAUUGGCAUUGUCAAUUACUACCUAAUUUUAUUUUCUGUAUGGUUAAUUUACAACAAUUUGAAUUUAUAAAUAGUUUUUUUUUUUUUUAAAAAAAACUUUCUGCAGCAAGGAUAAUAUUUAAUAGUUAUUUACCUUUAUUAAAACUAGAAUGAUUUAUUUUUAUGCUCAUAUAUUAGUGAUUAAAUAAAAAUUGUUAGGCAAUAUGCAAUAGUUUUAUUUAAAUAAAAGUUGAAAAUAAUAUCCUUAAUUUGCACUAUAAUCAUGUACUUAUAUAAUUACUAAUUAUUAUUAUCUUGGUGGUUAUUAAAUAAAUUAACUUUUUCAUUUAACAAACCUGUCAUAAGUUACAAUAUGUAUAUAUUUAUGUCCCCACGGACAAUUUUUUUUACUUUGUAUAAACAAUAACCAUAAUGUCUUCAUUUUUUACUGCUUUUGCUUUUUUAUAUUUAAUCGUGCUAGAAUAUGACAUGCUUGAGCAUGAACUUUAUGUUGCAUAUUAAUAAUAAUAAAAACAAAUGCUUGUUGAAUUGUAUUUUGGUAUAGUUUUAAACUAAAAAUGUUUAUUAUUUUUUCUUUUGAUAUAGGUUAUUGGUACAUUAGUUGUAAUCAGUUAUAGUACACCUAUAUUCACAGUUGUGAUAGUUCCAAUUGGUAUUCUUUAUUACUUUAUACAGGUAAUUAUAACUUUUACAGCCAUAUUAGUUUUAAUCUAUUGAAGUAUUUUCAAUUCUUGUGUUGUUUUUUCUUUUCAGAGAUUUUACGUCGCAACAUCACGUCAGCUUAAACGGCUUGAAUCUGUAUCACGUUCUCCAAUUUAUUCCCAUUUUAGCGAAACUGUAACAGGAGCUACAUCAAUUCGUGCAUAUGGCGCAGAAGCUAAAUUUAUAACACAGUCUGAACAAAAAGUUGAUUUUAAUCAAACUUGUUAUUAUCCAAGUACAGUAGCUAAUAGGUAAUACUCAUUUGUAUUAACUUUCUGAUGUUCCUUUUAGGAGGACGUCCGCCACACCCACAUUUUCUGUCUCGGUUCAACUACUUGGCAACAUGCAAAAACAAUGCUUACACAAACUUAGUAAAACUAAUUUAAUUUUGAUUUUAGAGUUAAAGUUCCUAUUAUGAAAUUUAUAGAGAAGAAUAUUUUGUAAGGAAUCUCAUUGGUUUUUUUGUAUUCUAAAUAUACAGAUCUAAAAAAAAGACAAACAUUUUUUUUUUUUUUAGUUUUUAAAUAACUAACUUUUCUUAAUUAAAAAAAAAAUACUAAUGAGAUUUUUUUCAAAAUACUGUUCUCUUUACAUUUUAUAAUAGGUACUUUUAUUCUAAAAUCAAAAUUAAGCUAGUUUUACUUAGUCAGUAUAAGUAUUGUUUUUGCAUUGUUUGCAAGAUAAAUUACUCAUUGAAAGGGUUCAAAACAGAUUAUUUUCUUAUGCCACCUAUAUUUUAAAAAUCGAUCAUCCCUUGUAUGAUUAAUUAUUUAACGGUUUAUCAAUCUUUUGAUAUUUUAAAGAUGUCAGUCCGCAGCCCUGCUGCCGAUAUUAGGUUUUUUUCUUCUCUUCUGAACGGUUCCUUUGAUUCUCCUUCCCUUUUAGCCAGGUUCUAGUUCCGUGUUCCUUCUUACCCUACUGGAGAUCAUAUGUUAUUUUUAGUUCCUUUUCAUUGUACUGAUUAUAGCAAUAAUCAUCCUCAACAUCACAUGUUUCGAAACCAUAAUAUACCAGGUGGUUAGUUCUGACCAUACUUUUAUUUCCUUUGCCAUUUAUUAACUUUUUAUCUGUAAGUGUUCUAUCUGUUGCUCUUGUAACUGACUGCCGUUUGGCAUUGAUAAAAAUAAAAAUAAAUAAAUAAUUUACUUGAAAUUAUUUUAGGUGGUUAGCUGUAAGGUUAGAAACAAUUGGUAAUUUUAUUAUUUUCUUUGCGUCUGUGUUUUCUGUGUUGGGAAGAUCUACUUUGAGUCCAGGUAUUGUUGGUUUGUCCAUAAGUUAUGCUCUUCAGGUAUGUAUUAUAUUUAAUUUGAAUUAAAUUAGUCAUCUUUAUUAAUUUUUAUAUUAUUUAAGAUUACACAAACUCUCAAUUGGUUGGUUCGUAUGACUUCUGAAGUUGAAACUAACAUUGUAGCGGUAGAGCGUAUUAAAGAAUAUGGAGAAACACCACAAGUAAUAUUAUAUACAUAUAAAUGAUAGUUAUUUAAAAUUGAUAAUUAAUAUUUAUUGCACUCUAAUUUUAGGAAGCCCCAUGGGAUAUACCAUCAACUCGACCUUCUAAAGAAUGGCCAACUUCUGGAGAAGUUCAAUUUAAAAAUCUCAAAGUACGUUAUCGUGAAGGAUUGGAUUUGGCACUGAAAGGUUUAGAUAUAUUUGUGGAAGGAGGCAAAAAGGUAUUUAGUUUUUUUAAAACAAUUAUCAUGUACUUUUUAUAUUAUAUUUCCAAUUGAAAAAAAAAAACCAGGUUGGUAUUGUUGGACGUACUGGAGCUGGAAAAUCUUCAUUGACUCUUAGUUUGUUCCGUAUUGUUGAAGCUGCUGAAGGAACAAUUUUUGUUGAUGGUGUUGAUAUAUCAAAAAUUGGAUUGCAUACUUUGCGUAGUCGUCUUACAAUUAUUCCACAAGUAAUCAUUUAAUUAUUAUUUAUUAAUUAUUUAUAUUGUGUACAAAAAACUAAAUAAGAUGGUUAAUCAUUUAUAGGAUCCAGUGUUGUUCUCUGGAACAAUAAGAAUGAAUUUAGAUCCAACCAAUACUAACACAGACAGUCAGCUAUGGAACGCUUUAAAACUAGCUCACCUAAAAACACAUAUUAAGGGGCUAACAGGAGGUUUGGAUCAUGAGGUGUCUGAAGGAGGUGAUAAUUUAAGGUUGGAUUGAUUUUUAAUGACUGAUAUUUAUCUUAAAUUAAUAAUUUAAUGAUGUUUUGAUCCUGAUGUUAAUUUUUGUAAUGCGUAGUGUGGGUCAAAGACAAUUGGUGUGUUUGGCAAGAGCAUUGUUAAGAAAAACAAAAUUAUUAGUGUUGGAUGAAGCUACAGCAGCAAUCGAUUUGGAAACAGAUGAUCUUAUACAAACAACCAUACGAUCAGAAUUUAAAGACUGCACAGUAUUGACAAUUGCUCAUCGUUUAAAUACCAUUAUGGAUUCUGACAAGUAAGUUAUAUAGUGCAUGUUUAUUUAUGGUUGGUUAAUUAAUUGUAUUUGUUUACUUCUGUAGGGUAAUAGUUUUGGAUAAUGGUUUGAUGAUUGAAUAUGACUCGCCUACAAAUUUACUGCAAGAAAAAUCAUCAGUUUUCUAUUUGAUGGCGAAGGAUGCUGGUUUAGCUCAAUAAACAAGUUCAAUUUAAUUUUUAAUUUCAUGAAUCGCAUCACACUGAAUUUUUUUUAAGUCUCGGUCAAAUACUUAUUAUUUUAUUGUUUCUUUGGCAUUUUGUCACUGAAAGAUAAUCAAAUUAUUAAAUAAUACACUUACAACACGAGUAUGUUUUAUGAGUUAAUUUUGUUCUUAAUUUAAAUUUUGUUUUUGUUUUUAAUCUUAAGCCGUCCAUGUUAUAACAAAUACCAUUUGUUUGAGGUUCCUUAUUAUUAAUCUUAUCUAUGUAAAAGGAAUGUUAUAGUUUAUGCUCAAACUCUGUUCAGUAUAUAUUUUAUUCAAAGUAACAGUGAUUUUUCUACAAAUUAUAAAUAUAUAUAUAUAUUUAUUUAUAUAGGUAUGUAUAUUUUUAAAUAUUGUGUUAUUCAUUUUUUCUACAAAUAACUUACUAUUAUCAUGUUUUUAAAACAGUAUUCUUGUUUUAAGUAAAACACAAUAGUGAGUGUUUUAACAUUUAAAAUCAUUAAAAACGUGUCAGAAAAACCAAAUUUUAGCCACUGAUAUCUUAAUAAUUUUUCCAGUAUUUAUAUUGAUAUAGAUAAAAGGAUUUUAUCAAAAAUGUUGUAAAAUAAUUACGUCCGAUACUGUCUAUUAGUCUGGUUAUUAUUAUUGAUGAUACCUAAUGGACCAUAUUUAAUUUUUAAGACCACCUUAAAAAUUGUUGAUUUUUUCAAUAAUUUAUGUAAAUUUUAAGUAACUAAGAUAAAUUAAUAAUUUACAGUAAAAAAGUGACAUAGAAUGCCU